ACAGGGGCAGGACUCGACCAAUUCCUCCGGGACGGGAAGCUUGGAGCAGCAGCCCCGCCCCCUCCUGCUACCUGCUGGGGUGGUGCCUUUCCCAUCCCCCGCGAGGGGAGUGAAUUCCUCCCCCGGCUGUGUUGUGCUGGCUCAGGGCCUAAGGCUUCCCAGGGGGCGCCCCGGCGCAGUAAGCGCGACUGGGGAGGAGGACACGGAUAGGGUGGCCUUUCCCCCGGUCGUGCCCACCACCUCCUGGCAGCCUGAACCCUGGCAGGUGGCAAGUGUGAAUUCAAUAGCACCGUUUGCUCCUAGGGGACCCCCGCUCUCUCCCCAAGCCUAGUAUUUCUGGUGCAACCUGAUCUCAGACCACACUACCAGGCAGAUGGUUUCUACUGCCUCUGGGCGUGUUCGCUUGAUUGCUCUGCUGUCCAGACCCCGCAUGAAUCCUGCAGCUUCUGUCUCCCAAUGACCGCAAGCCCGGUGGCCAGCUGGCUGCAGUGCAGCAGACACUUGUUACUCCACUGUUAACUGCAUGCGUUUCAGAAGCACCUGUCGCUGCGGUCUCUGGCCUUCUUUGGUACAUCAAGGAGAAGGCAAAGACCAAGAUUUUGGCGUAUUUUGAAGUUACUCUGCUACCAGUCUGUACUACUACUCAUGUCAUGACUCAGGAGACAGAACAUGUAUAUGAUUCUGGUUGUGGUCAAUCGGAGUUUUGUCUGGACUGGAGAGUCGUCGUGUUGGAAGCUCGAGGUCGAUUAGAAGUACAUUGCAGAUUAGGGCCAGAGACUAUAACAAAUACUUUCCCAUAGAAAUUCUCAGCCUGAACAGGAUUUCAAGGUGGGGAACCUUCUGGGGAAGGGCUCCUUCGCCGGGGUCUACAGGGCAAUAUCCCUAAAAACUGGCCUGGAAGUGGCCAUCAAAAUGAUAGACAAAAAGGCCAUGCACAAAGCUGGAAUGGUACAGAGAGUUCAAAAUGAGGUAAAGAUACAUUGUCAAUUAAAACAUCCUUCUAUACUUGAGCUUUAUAAUUAUUUUGAAGAUAGCAACUACGUGUACCUGAUACUAGAGAUGUGUCACAAUGGAGAAAUGAGCAGAUAUCUAAAGAACAGAAUGAAGCCUUUUUCUGAAGAAGAAACGCGACACUUUAUGCAUCAGAUUAUCACAGGGAUGUUGUAUCUUCAUUCUCAUGGAAUAUUACAUCGGGACCUCACCCUUUCUAACCUUCUACUCACCAGUAAUAUGAACAUCAAGAUUGCUGAUUUUGGACUAGCAACGCAAUUGAAAAUGCCUCAUGAAAAGCAUUACACAAUGUGUGGAACUCCUAAUUACAUUUCUCCAGAAAUAGCCACACGGAGUGCACAUGGACUUGAAUCUGAUGUGUGGUCUUUGGGGUGUAUGUUCUAUACUCUUCUUAUUGGGAAACCACCUUUUGACACUGACACAGUCAAGAACACAUUGAAUAAAGUAGUAUUAGCAGAUUAUGAAAUGCCAACUUGUUUGUCAGGGGAAGCUCAAGACCUUGUACACCGGUUACUUCGUAAAAACCCAGCAGAUCGUUUAAGUCUUUCAUCUGUACUGGAUCAUCCUUUUAUGUCCAGAUAUAACUCGGCACGAAGUAAAGAUUCAGGAACCGUGGAGGAUUCAAUGGACAGUGGAAAUGCCACAAUCUCUACAGCCUUUACUGGCUCUUCCAGUGUCAGUGUAAGUGGUUGCUUGAAGGAAAAGAAAAAGCUCUUGGUUGGUCAGCCACUCCCAAAUAAAAUGACUGUAUUUCCUAAAAAUAAGAAUUCCAGUGACAUUUCAUCUGUGGAUGGAAGCAGUUCUUAUAAUCAUUGGGGAAUUCAGGGAAAAGAAACUGGCAUAAGUGGUAGGGGAAGAACAAUGCAACUUACUGAAGAGAGGCCACAUUCACGUUAUCUUCGGAGGGCCCAUUCUUCUGAUAGGUCUGGCGCAUCUCGCAGUCAGAUUCAAGGAAUAUCAAACACUGUGGAGAGAUGCCAUUCCAUAGAACUGCUUUCAACGACCAGAGUAGGAGUGAUGGAAAAUACAGAAAGAUUUUCACCUGUAAACAGCUAUGGUGAUAUUCCCCCUAUAUUUAAGGAUAAGACUUCCUGUAGUUCUGGUUCUUUUGAAAAGCACACAUCUCCACCUGUGAAAGACCAAACACACUCAAAUUAUCUCUGUCCAAUGAAGCCCAGUAUUGGUUUAUUAGAACAGAAGUCCCAGACUGAAACAAUGCAGCAGUGGCUUGGAAGCAUACAGACAAACGCUCAGCUGAGAGAGCCUCUGGAUCACAUCAAUACUGAUAACACAAAUGGAGGUUUCCGAUACCAUCUAGGUGUGCAGCAAGAAACAUCAAGAAAUGCCUGGAAUGGCUUAAAAGAUAAAAAAAAUCCCAGUGCCCCCAUUGACACUGCACAUUCUAUAAAUGAGAUCAGUACAAAGAAAUAUACCUCUGGACUUCAAUGUAAAUCUGACAAAGCUCAACCAGCAACUGCAUUUGGUCUCUAUCCAACUUCAGAACAAGGAAAAAUCAGGGGCAAAGAACUAUUAGGACAUCAGAAACCUACACUGCGAAGUAUUGUAUCUCCUCUGAAUGCUCACAGGCUAAAAUCAAUCAGACAAAAAACAAAAAAUGCAGUGGUGAGUAUUUUAGAUGCAGGAGAAGUGUGUAUGGAGUUUCUGAAAGAACUCCAUUCCCAAGAGCUUGUGAAAGAAGUUCUCAGAAUAUCUUGUGAUGGAAGUGUGAUCACAGUUUAUCAUCCAAAUGAAGGAAGAGGCUUCCUUCUUGAUGAUGGUCCUCCCUCUCCUCCUGAAGAUGUUGUUCUAUACAACUUUGACAACUUGCCAGAAAAGUACUGGAAAAAGUACCAGUAUGCAGCCAAAUUUGUACAGUUGGUAAGAUCCAAAACACCAAAAGUUACCUUCUAUACAAGAUAUGCUAAGUGCAUGUUGAUGGAGAAUUCACCUAUUGCAGAUGUUGAAGUUUGUUUUUAUGAUGGGGCAAAAAUACACAAGACAGCAGGUAUUACUCGAGUGAUUGAAAAAUCUGGGAAAUCCUACACUUUGAAAGAAGAAAGUGAAAUUGGCCUGAAGAAGGAAAUACAAAUAUAUAUGGAUCAUGCAAAUGAGGGACAGCGUAUUUGUCUUGCAUUGGAAGCUGCUGUUUUGGAAGAAGAAAAGAGAAGUGAAAGUGUUCCCUUUUUUCCAAUAAUUGUUGGAAGGAAGCCAGGCAACACUGAAUCUCCGAAGGCUUUGGCACCUCCCUCUACUUUAGUGGAUGUAAACUGCGCAGCGAGAGAUGCUACCUCAGUGGAUAGAAAUAUAGCUGUGAGCUCUACUCCUUGUCAUGUUCCCAGCAUAAAACCUUCUAUAUCCUAUGAAGGCUCUGUGUUCACCACUACCAUUCCUGAAACAACCUGCUCCUCCAAUCAGCAAAAGGAGUGUAGUCCAAAUUCAGCCCAGCUUUUAAAAUCUGUAUUUGUGAAAAAUGUUGGUUGGGCUUCUCAGUUGACUAGUGGAGCAGUGUGGGUUCAGUUCAAUGAUGGAUCCCAGUUGGUAGCACAAGCAGGUGUCUCUUCUAUCACUUACACAUCUCCAAAUGGCCAAACAACUAGGUAUGGAGACAAUGAGAAAUUACCAGAAUACAUCAAAGAGAAGUUGCAUUGUCUGUCUUCAAUUCUUGUGAUGUUUACCAAUCCAGCUGGCCCCCCGCUGACAUUGGGCUAGAAGGCUUAAUAAAUAACUUGCUGGCAUUCAAGUAAAAUGACUGAUUUACUCAGCUUACCAGAAACUCUUAUAGUUCAGAAAUUCUACUCAGUGAUGUCUGCUA